AUGUCUACUUCUACCGCUACCGCUUCUUCCGCCACUCCCAAGCUUUGGCUUAUUACGGGGUGCUCUAGAGGUUUUGGUUCAGCCCUUGCUCUCGAGGUCCUGGCCUCCGGCGAUAAGGUCAUCUGUACAGCCCGAAACCCCUCAGUCCUUGCGCACCUCACCAAGCUCGGGGCAAUCCCCCUAUCCCUCGAUCUGACAUUCCCCCCUGCUAUCAUCCAAGCCACCAUAACCAGCGCCAUCACUGACCACGGCCCGAUCGACUACCUCGUGAACAGCGCAGGGGUCACCACCAUCGGCGCCGUGGAAUCAUACACACCAGCUGAACUUCAAGAACACUUUACGAUAAACGUCUUCAGCAACAUUACCAUCGCUCAGGCCGUCCUCCCCUACAUGCGUUCCCAACGCAGUGGCGUUAUCGCCAACAUCGGUUCAAUCGCAGGCUGGGGCGGCAGCGCCUGUCUCGGCGCCUAUAGCGCUGGCAGGCACGCGCUCGCCGCCUUCGGCCUUAGUCUUCAGCAGGAGGUGACGAACUUCGGCAUCACUGUCACCUGCAUCGAGUUGGGUUGCUUUCGCACGGGGGUUUUGGGGGAUGGGGACGCGCUCGGGGUUAGGGGGGCCAUUAAUGAAUGCGAGGAUUUGAUGCGAGCUGCCCGCGGGGGUCUGAAGGGAAUGAGUUGGGAACAGUCCGACGACUCGAAGAAAGGAGCCGAGUUGGUAUUCGAGAUGCUGAGUGGGAGAGGGAGGGGUGCUGGGAGGGUUCUACCGGGGAGAUGGAUUGUUGGUGUGGAUGCUAUUGCUCUCAUUGAUGCCGCUUUGAAGAGUGGAGAAGACAUGCUCGGCGUGGAGGGUGAUGGCUAGAGCUAUAUCUUGCGAUGAUCCUGAUCCUAGUAAGGAUAUGUUC